GUUUGAACUCCAGAAGGGUCAUCAAGAUAAUCAACCCAACAUAUAAUACAAUAAUUGUUCAAAAUGUCCAUCAGCAUAUGGGUUUUCAUUGUGUUUUUCAUCUGUAUGGAGGAUCUUGUGAAUGGCGAGUGGGAUGAGAUAAAGACUGUGAUGGAGGGAGAUGUUCUCACUCUACAAACAAGAGACACUGAGAGUCUCAGUGAAGUAACAUGGCUGUAUAAAAGAGAUGAUCAAACUGUUCGUAUCGCACAGAUGUAUCAGGGUUAUGAGCCUUUUUAUGAGAUACUAACUGGCAGAGUGAAAAUGAACCCAAAGACUGGAGCUAUGACCAUCUGGAACAUCAGCAGCAGCGACUCUGGACUUUAUGAAGUUUCUUCCCACGGUGUCUCAGAGAAAAGGUUCAGAGUGGAUGUUUACAGGCCAGUGUCUGUGCCUGUCAUCAGGUCUCUUGUUAGUGUAAACCAAACUCAAGGUACUUUAAAGCAGCCACAGUCAAUGAAGGAGCUCUGCUCUGUGUUCUGCUCAGUAAGAAAUGAUCGAGGUGUGUUCAUCUCGUGGUAUAAAGGAGGUGAAAUGCUGAAUCAGACCAGCAAUCCUGAUCUCAACAUCAACCUCAGUUUACCAUUAGAGCUUCAUUAUAAUGAUCCAGAGACCUACAGCUGUACGGCUGCAAACCCAGUGAAUAACAAAACCGUCCGUCUUCACAUGAAAGAGAUCUGCCCACGACAGGAAGAUUGUGUGGGUCACUGUGGCGUCACUGAGGCUCUGGUUCGUCUGGUUCUGUCUGGUCUGGUGGGAAUCACCACCAUUGUGUUCCUGGUUGAGCAUCUGAGGUUCUGCUCAUUUCAGGGAAGAGCUGCUUUUGCUUGAUGAUGGUACUUUCAUUAAACGUCACAUUGGCCAAAAACGUGAUGGUGAUGGAAUGCUACGAGAACUGUUGGCAAUGAGGCUGAAAGUAUAAACUGAGGGCACCAUUUGAGACAGCAUGUUGACACUGAAGUUCAUGUUCAGGGAGAAAAAUCUGAAAAUUGAUCACCUACUAUUGACAGCCUUAAAAAAUACAAAUUUAAAAAAGGGAUGUUUGUCCCCUUCUAAAUAUGGAAACUGCCCAUAUUUAUCCCCUCAUUACGGAGCAGAACACAAUGCUGACAUUUUCUGUGGCUGCUUCAAAAAUCAAAGAAAUAUCCUAUUGAGUGGACACUGACGCAAUUAGAAGAAAAAAAAAAACUUUUAGGUAUUGACUUGUCUUAUCUAAAACCAAAAAUCGGUUAAUAAAACUGU